AUGCAAGAAAAUACAGAGACAUUAGCAGAAACUCCACAACCAGCACAAGAACAGCAAGUUGAAAACAGACCAAGCUAUUAUUCUGAAACUGAUGGAGAAAAAGCUCCUUGGCUCCCUCAAAUUUUGGCUAACGAUAGCUCAAUUCUUGCAUUGCGCGAGAGAUUGCUUCCCCAAACAGGUGGUUUCUCGUUUUCAAGCGAUAAAUUUUCGGAACAAACAGUAAGCGAAUCACAUUUUAAUAAAUUUACUUGCCUUGAAUUAGUUUAUCAGCAUUUACAAUCUAUUGGACUUGCCAAUACGGCUGAAACUCUUAAAUACGAAUCUGGUUUGGAUUUUUCAGAUAUUUCACAAGAUUUUGAACGAACUUCUCUCCGAAUUUUAGCGUCAUUAGGCGCCUCAAAAGGUGAAAAAAUCUGGGAAAUACAACCAGAUCCUGGAUGCAUUUAUGUUCAAGCUACCCCUGAAAAAAAUUGCCAAAAACUACUUGUUGAUAGCUCGAGAAAUACUAUUAGCGAGUUGUAUAAGAUCAAGACUGGCUCGGGUAAACUUGAUACCAAAAUUGUAAGACUUUCGCAGUUAAUUGCAAAUCUUAUUUUGACAGAUCUAAGUGAUUAUGACAAAGAACUCAUUUUCAUCAUUUUACAAAUUCACGUAUCAUCUCAACAUUUCUUACAUCAUCUACUUACGAUAUACAAUUCCGAUAAAUUGACCGAUUUAUUUGGAGAUGAGAAAAAUUUUGUUGCAACUCACUCCGCUCAAUUAAAAUUUUCUACAGUUGCAUUAUUAGCAGGCUGGAUACGCUAUUUCGGUACCUUUAUUGAUAUCAGAGUUUUACAAGCGAUUUCUGAUUUCGUAAAAGAAGCCAAACAGCAGACAACUGAUCUCCAACAUGAAUUUUCUAAUAUAGAAUUCUUACUCAAAGAAAUAUCACCUGGAAAAUACCGUCCUUUAAAGGAAGAACCAACUCAGAUGCCAAAUAUUAGCGAUUUCAGAUUAGUUUUCAAUCCAACGACGCCUAUAGCGAAGAUGGAUCCUGAAGAAGUUGCAAGACAGGCGUCUUUGUUGUUUUUCAAUGAAUUCAAAAAAAUACCAAUCGAAGAAUUUUAUUAUGCGUUUACAGAUGGAUACUGUUUGGUUAAGACGCCUCAAAUCAACCAGAUUUUGCAUAUGGGCGAAGUAAUUUCUCUGAAUCUUCUUGAAGAAUUAGUAAAUUCAAGAGAUAGAAUUGGUACAGCUCAGAAAUACCUUGUUAUUAUUAGUCAGCUGUUUAACCAUAGUGACUACGAGGCCUCCAGAGUCUUUUUACAGGUCUUGAAAUAUUUAUUUGAAUAUAAUUUUCUUCCAAAUGUCCUACCGUUCUCAAGUAUUCCUGCUUAUUGGAAGGCAAUUGGCGGCGGAUACCCUGAUUGUCACGAAUAUACGAUGUUAAUAGAGAAUAGCGUAAAUUCAAGAAAACCAGCAAUCCCGAACCUUAGGAUAGAGCUUAUUUAUACAUCUGAUGCAUCUAUUGCACCAAUAAGUAACAGCGAAAUCAAUUACCCUGAACAUAAGAAAGUGGCUGAACGAAUUCAUCGUUUGUACAACUUCCAGAAUACUCCAUACAACUUUUGGCCUGUUCAAAGUAUUCAAAAUAUGCUCUUGAAGACGCCAAAGAGAACGUUUGAGGAAAAUUUAAGUCUAUUGGCUUGCUAA